CGACGAUGCCAAACAGGCCAGCGCAACUCUCUCUCUCUCUAAAUCAACUGUCACUCCAAACAGAAAAAAAAAAAAAAAAAAAAGUUCAAACCGCGCAGCCCAUUAUUUAUUUUUUUUCAAAAAAAAAAAAAUCUCUAAGAAUAUCCUCAGCGAUCCCAAGCCCUCUUCUUGGUCUUUGGUGUGUGUUUCUCACGAGAACUUACUAACUAGCUCGGCUCCACUGUUAUUAAAAAUGAAAUUGGAACAUCAGGACGAGUCCGGUCAUGGCGACGAGAUGUGCCGAACUAUCGAGGUCGAUCCUUCUCCUUCUCCUACUUCUAAUCCACCGGCAUUCGAUCACCGCCACUUUCCCCUUCCCGAGAAGCUGAUCGCCGACGUCCCUACGGCCGAAGACGACUGCGACAUGGAAGAAGUUGAAGGGGACGGCCUUUUCAUCCCGCCUCUGAACUUUUCCAUGGUGGAUAAUGGCAUUUUCAGGUCUGGCUUUCCUGAUUCUGCCAACUUCUCUUUCCUCCAAACUCUUGGCCUUCGCUCCAUCAUAUGCCUGUGUCCGGAGCGGUAUCCUGAAAUAAACAUGGAGUUCCUCAAGUCCAAUGGAAUUCAACUUUUUCAAUUUGGGAUCGAAAGUAACAAGGAGCCUUUUGUUAACAUCCCAGAAGAUACAAUCCGUGAAGCACUACAAGUUGUUCUUGAUGUAAAGAAUCACCCAGUCUUGAUUCACUGUAAAAGAGGGAAGAUGGUUACUUGCUUUGAUUGGCAGCACCGAACUGGUUGCCUGGUUGGAUGCAUUAGAAAGUUACAAAGAUGGUGCCUUUCAUCCGUCUUCGAUGAGUACCAGCGAUUUGCAGCGGCCAAAGCUAGAGUUUCAGAUCAAAGAUUUAUGGAACUGUUUGAUGUUUCUAGCUUGAAGCAUCAGCCAAUGUCAUUUUCAUGUUCGAAGAAAGUGCAACAAUAACCAGUGUUCUUGAUUCGCUUCAAGACCUCCUUAUCAUUGCCUGAAGAGAAACAUCUCUAGAUCAUACUUGGAAUAAUGAUUAGGAAAAUGUGAUGAUGCAGUAGUUUUUUUUUCUUCCUAUUAAAAUAAUCAAGAAGCUUAUAUAGUUAGAUUUUUUUCUUAAAAGAGUUCUGUAAUCAAAUAUUAAAGCAACCCUCAGUUGUCCCAGAUAGCUGUUCCUGCCGAGUUAUUAUAAUGUAAAGGCAAGUCAGCCAAAGUGGAUUUUGUCUACUUCAAAAGUCAUUGGUAUAAGAAACUAAUAAAGUAUAUUAAGGUUCUGUCA